ACGGCAGCGCCGUUUUGCCCUAAUUUUCCGCACGAAUUGACAAGUCGGUCUUUCGUGCAGUUGCUCGAGUCGCGGAGACAUCGUUUUGCAAUGACGACUAAAGUAUCUCGUGAUACGCUCUAUGAGUGCGUGAAUGGCGUGCUGGCGGCUUCUAAGGACAAGAAGCGUGGCUUCCUGGAGACAGUGGAGCUGCAGAUUGGCCUGAAGAACUAUGAUCCCCAGAAGGACAAGCGUUUCUCCGGCACAGUCAAGCUGAAGCACAUCCCCAGGCCGAAGAUGCAGGUGUGCAUUCUGGGUGAUCAGCAGCACUGUGACGAGGCUAAGGCUAAUGAGGUGCCCUUCAUGGACGCUGAGGCACUGAAGAAGCUGAACAAGAACAAGAAGCUGGUGAAGAAGUUGGCCAAGAAGUACGACGCUUUCCUGGCCUCUGAGUCUCUCAUCAAGCAAAUUCCACGUCUGCUGGGUCCUGGCCUCAACAAGGCCGGCAAGUUCCCUGGUCUCCUGUCCCACACGGAGUCCAUGACGCAGAAAAUCGACGAAGUGAAGGCCACCAUCAAGUUCCAGAUGAAGAAGGUUCUGUGUCUCUCCGUGGCCGUUGGACACGUGAACAUGCCCACUGAUGAACUGGUGCAGAACAUCCAUUUGUCCAUCAACUUCCUGGUGUCGCUGCUGAAGAAGCACUGGCAGAAUGUGCGCUCUUUGCACAUCAAAUCCACCAUGGGACCACCCCAGCGUCUCUACUAAGGAGGACCUGAUGUACCCUAGACAACGUGGUAUGCCAAUAAAAAAAGGUAUAAAUUGACAAAA